AUGCCGCCUCUAAGCCAAGUGAAGACGACGACAGACAUCCACAAGAAGAAUCUGCUGCGGCUAGAAAGGGGUCUGAACAAAAAGGACCAUCUUUUGUUACCCAAGAAGAUGUCGUUGCCAUGCUGGAAAAAGAGCUUAGUCGAAGCCAGGAGGAUUGGAAGUACAUUCCUCAGCCACCGUACCCGUCAAGCUUACUCCAGUAGCCCUAUCCCAAAGGUUACGAAACACCGACCUUUGUUCUUUUCGAUGGGAGGAAAGGAAGCCCGAAGGAACAUGUCAACCGAUUCCUCGAUGCUUUGGGACCACAUGCUGGUGAUUAUAAUCUUCGACUCCGCGAAUUCUCAAAGAGCCUCACUGAUCGGGCUUAUACCUGGUACACCACAUUGGCACCAGACUCUAUGCGUUCUUGGGAUGAUCUAG